GUCCCUGCCAUCUUGAUCAGUCCCUUUCAUGGGUAUGAAAAUUGAGUACUGUUUAACUCAUUCAAUUCACUGAAAUGAUAUUUUUAGUUGGUCUGUGUUUGUACUUUUAUAGAUUUCCUGCAGCUCAUGUUAGCACAACCAGAGAAAACACCAAGGCACACUAAAAGCUUGGUUAGUUUAUCAUGGCUCCACACACACCGAUUCCUCUGAUAACUGUGGAUCUUAAGAAGAGGCCAUGGGAGCAGGAGAAGCCUUUACAUAAUAGAUGGCAUCCUGAGAUUCCUCAUGUCGCAGAAGCUACUGAAGGAGAGGUUUUCCGAGUUGAGACAGUUGAUUUUUCUGGGGGUAUGAUUCAGGACAAUAAUUCUGCAGAGGAUAUCAAGUUCGUUGAGGGAACCACAACACACUACCUCAGUGGUCCAGUUAGGAUUAAAGACACUAAAGGUGAUCCUGCAAAACCUGGGGAUCUUCUUGUUGUUGAAAUUUGUGACUUGGGAGCACUUUCAGGAGAUGAAUGGGGUUAUACUGCAAUAAUGGAUAGAGAAAAUGGUGGCGGAUUUUUGACUGACCAUUUUCCAAAUGCUACUAAAGCUAUCUGGUACUUUGAAGGAAUUUUUGCAUACUCUCCUCAUAUUCCAGGUGUCCGAUUUCCAGGUUUAAUUCAUCCUGGACUUAUUGGAACGGCGCCGUCCAAGGAACUCCUUGAUAUAUGGAAUGAAAGGGAGGCAUCCAUAUUUCAUAAUAGUUCAGAACUGAGUGGAGUGUGUAGUGUCUUGCAUCAACGACCAUUUGCCUAUUUGCCAACUAAAAAGGGUGCCCUACUUGGAACGUUGGAGAAAGGAACAAGUAAAUGGGAGAGGAUUGUAGCAGAAGCUGCAAGAACUCUCCCUGGCCGAGAAAAUGGUGGAAAUUGUGACAUAAAAAAUCUCAGCAAGGGCUGUAAAGUGUACUUUCCAGUUUUUGUGGAAGGUGCAAAUCUCAGUAUGGGUGACAUGCAUUUUUCUCAGGGUGACGGCGAGAUAGCAUUUUGUGGUGGCAUUGAAAUGAGUGGCUUUCUUGAGUUAAAAUGUGAAAUUAUAAGAGGUGGGAUGGCGAAGUAUCUCACUCCAAUGGGGCCAACAUUACUUCAUGUUAACCCAAUUUUUGAGAUUGGUCCUGUAGAACCAAGAUUCUCUGAAUGGUUGGUAUUUGAAGGUAUCAGUGUGGAUGAAAGUGGUCGUCAGCAUUACCUUGAUGCAAGCAUUGCAUUCAAAAGAGCCGCUCUGAAUGCUAUUGAUUAUCUUUUCAAGUUUGGAUAUUCCAAAGAACAGAGUUAUUUGCUCUUAUCUUGUUGUCCUUGUGAAGUCAGACUGUCGGGAAUUGUUGAUGUUCCAAAUGCUGUUGUGACACUCGCUCUUCCUACUGCAAUUUUUGAUCAGGAUAUAAGACCACGGAAGGAUGGUCCACCUACUGGACCACGUUUAAUAAAGAAAGUUGACAUGCCAACUUGUUCAUAUGAUGGAUCUCUUCCUAUUACAAAGAACCCUGCUCCAAUAUAAAUAAUUUAGUACUUAUUGGAUAUAUAGUUGUGAGCGGCUAACAAUCAGAUCUGCUGUAUAGGAAAGAAUGUAAUCCUAUAGGGUUACCAUGCAAAAUUUGCUAUUUGAUGUGAACAGUUUUUUCUUAGAAGUUUUACAUAUGAAAACGUAUGUUAAUAUUUUCUCAAUACUUGUGGAUAACUGCAUUAUAAGUUUGUAUAAUGGUGAAAAUUGCAUACCUGUGCCCUUUUCCCUUA